UGAGGUAGUGCGCAGUGCUCUCGUUGGUUUUUAUUGCAAGGAAAAUGACAAAGCGACUGGUGCAGCGCUACUGCAUCAAAUUUUGCCAGAAACUGGGCGACAGCCAAGUGGAAACCAUUCGGAAGAUUCAGACGGCUUUCGGUGACGAUGCUAUGAGCAGCACGCAGAUUAAGGAGUGGUACAACCGGUUUAAAGACGGCCGCACAUCGGUGGAGAGCGAGCCACGUUCCGGUCGGCCAUCAACAUGCCGAAAUGACCAGGUCAUUGCCGAAGUGAACGCUGUGGUGAUCCGGGACUAUCGUGUGACUAUCCGAGAAAUUGUGGAAGAGGUGGGCGUCAGCACUUUCUCUGCACAUUCCAUUAUGACCGAAUAUUUGUCCAUGAGGAGAGUUGCGGCAAAAUUCGUGCCGAAGCUGCUCACGGUGGAGCAAAACCAACUUCGUGUUGAAGUCUCACAGGACAUGCUGGAUUCCCCAAACAGUGACCCCGACUUCAUGAACACCAUAAUCACUGGUGACGAGUCUUGGAUGUACAGGUACGACCCGGAAACUAAAUCCCAGUCGUCACAGUGGAAGCAUUCCACGUAACCAAGACCAAAGAAGGCCCGCCAAGUGCGCAGCAACGUCAAAGUGAUGCUGACUGCUUUCUUUGACUCCCGAGGUGUGGUACACCACGAGUACGCGCCAGAGGGUCAAACAGUCACCAAAGAGUACUACAGGGUUGCCCUCCGUCACCUAUGUGAUGCUGUGUGGCACAAGAGACCAGAUUUGUGGUCAACAGGAAAUUGGCGCAUCCAUCACGACAAUGCUCCUGCACAUUCCUCGCACUUGAUUCAGACUUUUUUUUGGCGAAAAACCAGACUCCUGUAGUUCAACAGGAGUCUUGCUCUCCUGAUGUGGCCCCCUGCGCCUUCUGGCUGUUUCCCAAAAUCAAGAGGCCAUUGAAAGGAGCGCGAUUUCAAACAAGAGA